CUCGACCACAACUAGGCCUUCACUAUCUACACAUACAAUGAGGGCCUUCGCGAUCUCCCGAGCUAUGCGCUCUAGUGUCCUUCGACAGAAACCCGGGCUCUGGCAAACCCGAAGCCUUAACCCGACAAGAUCCCUCAGACAGACUGCACCGCAGUCGACUUCGUCCUCUUCCUCUUCCACCAACGGCGCUCCAGAGAAGCCGAUCAACUUCUACAGCACCCAUGGGCGGGCAUUCUUCAAGGCCAUCACGCUGGCAUUCCUCACCUACCAAAUCGCCUACUGGGCAUGGUUGACUUUAGAGACGGAAGAGAUCAAGGACCAAAAAACCCGCCAGAUAAAGUCUUUGGAACAGGAGGUCAGAUUACUAGACGAAAGCAGGAAAUCAGAAAACCCAUCUCUUGGGAAAAGCUGAGCGGAGAGGAGAGAAUUACUGAAUAAGCAAGCUAUGGAGUACAACCAACAAUAACAAAAGUUCAGCAACAUCCCAAGCACGACAUCGAUUAGGGAUCCCAUUAACCACACCGUUCAGGAAAAGUGGCCCACUGAUACCUUGAGUAUCUUUGUAGCCUACUCGUAUAAGAGAAACGUUGGCAAGAGAAAACCACACCAUUCGCCUGUGGCCCAACCAAAGAGACAUCACCAGCAAAGCCCUCAAGAAAACUUGUAUCAACUCCAGAGAGGGCCAGAUGCAUCUCAAACAACGAUCUAUAACGAUCCCAAAAUCACUGAACCUUUGCUCUUUCUACUCUUCCUUGAACCUGAACCAGAAUCAAACCCAACCCCAAAAUCCAGUUCCAAGCAAAGGCAAUUUCCAACCAAUAUCGGCGGCCUCCGGAUGUUUAUACCAAGGUUCAAGGUGAGAGGGGGAAGGAAAAGGUAAAGAUCAAUACCAGUGAUCCCCACCAUGAUACAUCUCAUGCCCGAAGAAACAAUACAUCCACACCGAGACCUCGAUCCCGUUCCCUAUGUACUUGGGGGGGCAACCCGGCAUGAGGUUUUCGUAGACGUCAAAGUUGGACUCUUGAUACUUUUGCUUCUCCUCUUCGCUCUUUAACUUUUUCUUGAUUUCUUCCUCUUGCUUUCGACGAUCUUCGGCUAUCUGUUCUUCUGGCGAUAAAUCCUUGCCUUUCUGUCCUGCCGCUGUCGCCGCCGUGGUUGCGGCGACAGCUGCUGCUUCGCCUUCCACCACUGGUGCUUUGGUCUUGUCGGCGGCUGCCGCUGCCUCCGCCGCCUCCUUUUGACGGUUCCACUCGGCGUUCCAAGACUCCCAGAAAGGGUUGGUAAAGGGGUUCAUACCCGAGACCGACUCCUGGGAAGGGACCAUGUUGGCCGGGGCCGCGGCCGGCGAGGCGGUGGAGGUGGAGGUAGGGUAGGCGGCGGAGGCGACGCCGCCGGCGGUGACAACCUUGGUGAGAAUGGUAAAAACAGGCGGGGCCACGGGAGCGGCGGCGGAGGGAGUGGCGACGGCGGUGACUUCGACGGGGACAGAGAUGGCCGAGGCGGAGAGACCGUAGGCCGCCGUGGAGAUGGCCGGGGCCUUCGACGCAGAGUUGGCCGCGGAAUGAGCCUCGUACAUGAUUUCAUUGGCGAGAUCGUCGGGUUUGAGGCCUUUGCUCAAGGGGGCCGUCGUGACUACACCGGCCAAGCUGGCCACGACACAGAAGACAAGGGGACGGAAGAAGUGCAUGAUGGCGGCACGGUGAUGUUGGAGAAGGGGGAAGGACAGCCUUGUCAAACAGAGUAGUUAAGGGUGCGAUGACUAUGGAGGAUGCUGUGAUGGACAAUAGAGGUUGAACACGAACUGGUGCAGGGGAAGCUCUCUUUUAUAUUCUCUUCUUUUUGGAAUGUCGACUUUUCUACGGGUCCUCAUUUUGUUAUACUUUGUAGAAUGUCUGGUUGAAGGUGAUGAAAAGUUUUCUUUCCUACUGAUGCCUAGACGAGAAGAAAGACAUUUCCAAACCUUCAAAACCUCUACAUCA